AUGGUUGAAGAAAAUAUUAACUCCGUACAAACCAACAAAAAUAUAACUUGGACAAACCCUUAUGAUGAAAAUGUGGAUAAGUAUCAAGUCAUUAGUCCGUUAAUUAAUGUUAUUGAACAACAGAUGCGCGUCAUUGAAUCUCUUUACGAAUUUCAAAGGAUUAUCACUAUUACUGAAAGUGAUAUUGCACAAAAUAAUGAGAUCGUUAAAAUACCUGACUUAGUCGCUAAGAAUUUGUUCGCUUCUGUUGGUUAUCGUAAUCAUCUGAUCGAUGUUAUUAAUUCCAUAAACAAACUUAAUAAAGGAGCGGAUAAUUUUAUAAAGUAUUAUGAGUAUUCACCAACGCCAACAAGUUUUCUUCAUUAUAUAAAAAAUCCUAUCGGACAUUUACGUAAAAACGUUACCAAUUUAGAAAAUUUUAAUGAUAAAAAUUAUAAAUGUCUUGAAUCAAACCUUAAAUCAUAUAUAACUCUUUCUGGUUCACAAGGAUUGCCAUUAUUGAUUGAAGAAAAGAAGUUUAUAAAACAAAAAAUAAAUAAAUUACAAGAAGAAUUGGAUAAACUUCAAGAAGAAGAAUACAAUGAUUGGAUUAAACAUCGUUCAGAGAUCGAAAAAAUUGUGGAAGAUGUCAAGAAAUUGGAAUCACGACGUGAUUUUAAUAAGGAAGAUUUGGAAGAUCUUGCAAAACAAAUAGAUGAUAUGAAAGAAGUCCGGGGAAAACUUGUGCGAAUGGAUCUAGAUGCGAAAAGUAAUAGAUUAAUGUUCUUUCUUUUUUAUAAAGACUAUAAAAGUAAGAUUAAUAAAGCAAAUGAAAAUAUAGAAUUAAUGGUUCCUCAACAGGAGAAACAACGCAAAGAGUUCAUCGAUUUGGCAGGAAAAGCAAUAAAAUUGAAAGAAAUUAAAGUAACAUUGGAAGAAGAAUUUAGAAAAAUGGAUGAAAAUCAUGAAAAUAGAAUGAAAAAAAAAGAGGAUGAAAUCAAAAGCUUAAAAGAAUCAUAUGAGAAAAUUUCAAUAAAAAUUAAGGAAAUGUGCGAUAAAACCGGUUCAGCUCUAAUUAGUGAAGCUAUAAAACUGUUAGAAGCCGUUUCAUGCCGUACUCAACAAGAUUCAAAUAUAACCAAUUACUAUAAACUUGCUUGUGAACCCAUCGAUACAUUACUUACAACUGUUGAGAGUCAUUUGCAAACUAUUGAAACCAUUUCUGGUGAAAAAGAAUCUGAAAAAAAAUUGUGCAAUAAGAUUAUUAAUGGUAUUGAUGAAAGUUUGAUUCCACUUAAAUAUGUGGUUCAAAAAAUUAAACCUGCAUUUACUAAAUCUUUGCAGGGUGAAAGUUUGGAUUAUUCUGUAAUUAAAGAUGGAGUUUCCUCAAAACAAAUUAGUCAUUCAUAG